UCCCCAUAGAGACAGGCUCCGACAACAGGGACCCGUCACACCGUGCGCUCCUCUCUCCGAGGCGACCACAGCCUCAACAUGAAGCAACCGGCUUCUGGCCAUUAGUCAUUCCCUCGAAAACAGACUUUUAAUGGUUGCCAUUCAGAUUUUUUAUUAUUGGAUUAACCAGCAUCAGCCGCCAGCCGCAGCUUUAUCCUGAGAGGCCGGAGAUUUGUGUCUGUGCAGGGAGGAGUCCUCUGUCCUCCCCCCGCUAGCUGAGCGACAGCCAGGUCAGCAUGUCGGCGUUGUAACCGCACAGACGUAAAGCCGUGGAAAGCAACCCAAUGCACGCGUAAAGGAUGGAUGUGGAGGUGUGUGCUGGCAGGGACAGCACCUGGAGGAGAGCAGCAGCAGCAGCAGCAGAUGAUGCAGGUGGAGGAGGCAUGGAGGCUCAGGUCGUACCGCUGGAGCGCUACGACUCUGCCAGAGCCAAAAUAGACGCAAAUCUCCGCUGGUUGUUUGCCAAAGCUUAUGGAAUAGAUCACAUCCCUGUAGACCUGCGGGACCCCUUCUAUACCGACCAGUAUGAGCAGGAACACAUCAAGCCCCUCAUCAUUCGCCUGCUGCUGUCUGGAGAGCUCUACUGCCGGGUGUGUGGGCUCAUCCUGCACGCUGAGCAGGCUGCCUCGCUGCAGAGCCACCAGUCUGUCAUCCAGGCGUUGUCCAGGAAGGGCAUCUAUGUGCUGGAGACGGGCAACACGCCGGUCUCUGAUCUGGACCUCAACUCGUCUCCCAUCAAGAUGAGCGCCCACGUGCACCUCAUCGAUGCCCUGAUGAUGGCCUACAUCGUGGAGAUGAUCAGCAUAGAGAAGGUGGUGUCCAGUGUCAAGCGUUUCUCCAACUUCAGUGCCUCCAAGGAGCUGCCUUUCGACCUGGAAGACGCGAUGGUCUUUUGGAUCAACAAGGUGAACAUAAAGAUGAGGGAGAUCCUGGAAAAAGAGCUGAAAAUGAAGCAACAUUUGAUGGAGUCGCCCAGUCACCAGAAGUCUCCCUCCAAAUGGUACUGGAAGCUUGUACCUGUGCGUUACCGCAGAGACCACCUGUCGGGUCGGACACUUCAGCACUUCCCUCUGCUGGACGACUUGCUGAAGGACGUGUGUGACGGCACCGCUCUGCUGGCUGUGGUCCACUUCUACUGCCCAGAACUCAUCCGACUGGAAGAUAUCUGCCUGAAGGAGGUUCCCUCCAUAGCAGACAGUCUGUACAACAUCCAGCUGCUCCAGGAGUUUUCCAUCGAGUACCUGAACAAAUGCUUCUACCUGAAGCCCGAGGACAUGUUGUAUUCUCCACCCGCACUAAAGAACAACGUGAUGGUCUUCAUUGCUGAGCUCUUCUGGUGGUUUGAGAGUGUGAAGCCAGACUUCGUGCAGCCCAGGGACCUUCAUGAAAUCAGAGAUGUGAGAUUACUGCUGCAGCCCAAAAGUUCACGAUCCCACAUUCCCAUCUCCAACGUCACCAAACGCAGCUUCCUGACGACAUCAAACUCUGCGGAUAUCUUGACCACGUCCCCGAGCCCUGACCUCAGCUGUAAGCCGAGCUCCUUAAGCCCAUCUCACUCCUUACUGCCCCUGAGACAGAGACAGCAGAAGGUGUCUGAGGAGAGCACUUCAGAGCUGAGAAAUAGGUCCAACUCUCUGACACGGGAAGGCCAGCUUCAGGGCUCCAUCCUGGCCUGGCCAGAGAGGAGGCCGAGGCCUUUAUCCCAGCCGGUGCCCUACGCCUUGCAUUAUCCCCUGGAGGACGACGCAGACAGUAUCAGCCUCGCUCGCUCCAUCAGCAAAGACAGUCUGGCCUCCAACAUACUGAGCAUUACCCCCAAACACAUGCUGGGUCCUCAACUGCCUCAACACAGACUCAGCGGUCAAAGCCUGCUUAGUCACAUGCGCAUAGAGGACGAGGAGGAGGAAAUAGAAGAGGAGGAGCUAGUUGCUGUGAUCCACCCUUCUGCUUUGCUUCGACGUCGACUUGCGAGUGACAUGGAGCAGGAUGAGCUGGAAAUCCCGUGUGCCACGUCCUCCUCGAGACUUUCUAAUACUCGUUGCUCUCUCCGCCUUGACACGGGUCCCUUUGCACCCGACCGCCCGACAGACGGCUACUAUCUGGAGCCUUUGAUGCCUGCCAUCCCGAAGCCCGCCAAAGAGAAGAGCAUCAGCCUGAAUAAGGAGGAGGAGAGCGGGGAGAGUCGCUGCAGAGCGGCUGCAGCUGUUCGGAAAGCAGCCGCCGUUGUCCCGAGCACCUCACAGAGGAAAGCCCCCGCGGCAGAGCUGAACAGAAGUACCUUCACGCCCAUAUCUGUGGCAGAGUCAGGCCCUCGCUCUCUCAGGCCGCCCACAGAGGGGUCGGCUGUCAUCUCUGACAAGAAACUGUCCCCAGGCUUUUACCUUCACGUGUCAGGAGAGCCGGACCACCACAGUCCUUUCUCCUCUGUGCUGGAGGGAGGGCACGACUCCGACUCUGACAUUGCAGACCUCGAGGAAGACGACGAGGAAGAGGAUCAGAUGGGGCUGACUAAAGAGGUGGUGAGGAGAGGACAGCGGAAAUUCCUGGAGGAGGGAGAAGUGUGUGAAUUUGGAGAGUUGGAGUGUGAAUCAGCCAAACUGAGAGAAGACUCGAAGGUUAGCGAGCGGGACGAUAAGGAAGGCGGCAGCGGACGCUCCAGCCCCUGCCUCAGCACCAUAUCGUGGGCGAGCAGCUGCAGCGCUUCAGGCAGCAACAGUGUCAAGAUGACCAGCUUUGCAGAGAGAAAGCUGCUUAAACUUGGCCUCCGCGAUGAAUUCUCAAGUACCAGCAGCUCGCAGAAGACCACACCGGAUGGUUCUGAGGUCGUCCCCUGUCCCCCCUGGCAGCUGAGGAGUGACUACACUUCCGGCUGGCUUGGGAAGGAACCGAGAUCCGUGCUGGGGAAGAACAUGGUGGUGAGUCCCUCAGUGGUGCCUUCAGAGCUGCUGCAACUUCACAUGCAGCUAGAGGAGCAAAGACGAGCCAUUGAGUACCAGAAGAAGAAGAUGGAGACCCUCUCAGCACGGCAGCGACUAAAGCUAGGGAAAGCUGCGUUCUUGAACAUUGUUAAGAAGGGUGGAGGGAAGAGCGACACACUUCCCCUGCCCCUGAAACACUCCCAGGACUCCUCCGAGUUCGCCGACAGGAGUAAAAUGAAGACCCAGUCGUGCAAGGACGACUCCUGUCUCGAUGCUAUGAAGGUGCAGGUGAAGGCGGGGCACAAAGAGGGAGGACAGAUGAACAGAAACAACAGGUUGAACGCCCUGUCCCAGGAUAACGUGGCUGAACCUGACGUGAAUGAGUGUUCGCACUCCAUAGAUCUUCUCAAUGAAGCCAUUAGUUCCAUUCAGCAGCAGAUGAUGCAGCUGUCUUUACAGCAAGACCUGCUGAUGAAGCGCGUGGUCUCGCCUCCAGAACUACCCAUGAAGCACGCUGUGUCGCCUCCAGAACUACUGAUGAAGCACGCUGUGUUGCCUCCAGAACUACUGAUGAAGCACGCUGUGUCGCCUCCAGAACGUGUAGACUCGAGCCCGAGCACAACCCCCAACACAACACAAUCAACAUCCUCUACCUCAGACUCCAGAUCUUUCGCGGUUCACUUUGUCGACAUCAGCGGCUGCAGCACCACACCUGCUCGUCGUCCGCCCAAGCUUAGCUCCAGCCAGCGCAGCAAAGCCUCGGAGCAAAAGCAAAGUAGAGAGAACAGCAAGAUGGCUUCUGUCAAGUGUAACGCUCAGUCCCUAGGGAGCAGAGAGGAUUCUGGUAGGUUCCAGGAGAGGAGUGUUGUUGAGAGCUCCAGGCAAGAAAGAAGCAUUCGGAGAAACAAAACCUUCCGAGUCAGUGACGACCCGGACCAACGCAGCAGUGAAGAGGAAACUGGGUGCUUCUUUGACUGCUCAUCGACGCCUCCUUCACAGGCUGCAGAACACGAGGACAAAGAGGCUGUGGGUGGAGAUGAGAACGCCAGGGUCAAGGGUCAACUGAUCGAGGUAGACUUCUCAGAUAUUCAGGAUCUGGAUGAAGUCAACGCAGACGUUACAGACGGCACGGCAGAGGGCGAGCUGAAGAACACGCUCGGUUUCUUCAUUAAGGAUGAGGAGAAAGCAGAGGAUGAAAUGGCGAAACGUCGCGCGGCCUUCCUCCACAAACAGCAGCGCAAAGCUGAAGAGGCGAGAGUACGCAAACUGCAGCAGGAAGUGGAGAGUGAGCUCAAACGUGAUGAGACCAGGCGUAAAGCAGAAGAGGACCGUGUUCGUAAGGAGGAGGAGAAGGCGAGACGAGAGAUUAUUAAGCAGGAGUACCUGCAGAGGAAGCAGCAAGUGUUGAUGGAAGAGGAAGGUCUGGUUAAGCCUCGCCCACGGAUUAAAUCCCGCAGGAGGAGGCCUAAAUCACUGCACCGUGAGGAGUCCAGCAGCCUCUCCAAAGGAUCCACCACACCUGAUCUGAGCUGCAGUCAUCGAGGAUCCACGCUCUCUCUGGCGACGGAGGCCGACAGUGUUCUCUCCGGAGGAGCAGAGUCGCAGAGUGUGUCUCUCAGGGCCGGAUCUGUGUGCUCGAUGGAGUCGUUCCCCAUGCUGAGCAGAGCGUCGAGCAGGAACAUGGAGAGGGACUGGGAGAACGGCUCCAUCGCCUCCUCCAUCACGUCAACGGAAUACAAUGGUCCUAAACUCUUCAAGGAGCCGAGCUCCAAGUCCAACAAGCCAAUCAUCAUCAACGCAAUCGCUCACUGCUGCCUGGCUGGGAAGGUUAAUGAGAUGCAGAAGAAUGUUAUUCUGGAGGAGCUGGAGAAGUGCGAGUCCAACCACCUGAUCAUCCUCUUCCGUGACGGCGGGUGCAUGUACCGCGGCAUUUACUCGUACACACCGGAGACGGAGGAGAUCGUCAAGUUCACGGGUACCGGGCCUCGCUCUAUCGGCCGCAAGAUGAUCGACAAGCUCUACAAGUACAGCUCGGACCGCAAGCAGUUCAACGUCAUCCCCACCAAGUCGGUGUCGGUCACUGUGGACGCCCUCACCAUCCACAACCAGCUCUGGCAGGUCAAGAGACCAGGAAGUGCACGCAGGAAGUGAGGAAGACGACGCGCGUUCUGUUCUAUCUAACGACUGUUGGGCAGGACCCAAUAACGUCCGAGAGGAUUGACAUGUGAUCAUGUGACUGACGUGUCUUUAGACGGGGAGGGGGGGGGGGUUAGAUGUUCUCAGAAAUGAAACACCUGCCAACUGAAUGUUUCUUGUUUUGUCUCGUUUAUUCUGCAUGUCACACGUUUGAUUCAUGGGUGCGUCCUAUGUUAACUAGCCGUAUUUACGACGGACUCUUACGUAGCAGUGACGCGGAGCUGGACCCUGAUUACCACUGGAUCUACUUACAGUAGCAGCUACUGUACGAUACCAAGUGCAACUACAACUUUCAGCUUGGCAAAGAAAUACCCUUCUGCUGUGAUCAGCUCCACAUACAGAGCCCCCAUUAUUCACCGGUAACUUCUACUGGUCAGUGCUUUUCUGAAGAGGGAACUAACUUUUGUAUGUCAGUGUGGAUGGAUGUUAGUGAGUGAUGAUGUCCAGUCUUGUUUUCUAUUUAGUGUGUUUGAGGAAGUGUGUGAGUCUUUGUGUUAGAGCAGAAUGCAUCCUGGGUGCGUCCCGCUCUGAAUGUGUUAUCUCACGCUCUUAAAUUAUGCUUUAAAACUGCAACGGAACUAUGGAGCAAAUUAACACCACGUUUUAUUUUUCUUUGGGAGCUGCUGUUACAGAAAUUAUGUUUUUACAGAAGGGGAAAUUGUGCUAGUAUUCCAAACAGGAAGCGCUUUUCAGACUCCAUUACACCUUUUCUGCAGAAGCCCUGAGAAGCAAGAGAGGAUUUAUUUAUCUAAGUCUGAUUGAAAUUGUUUUUAUUGUGUUUAUGACUUAAGAACAGAUGAACAAGUUUUACCGGAUUAAUCUGUAUAAAUUACUUUUUUUUUAAUACAACAAACACUAAUAAAAAAAAUAAAAAACCCUGAAAACUUUUUUUCACCUAUUUUAACAAAAAAUAAAAAAUAAAUUAUUAAAAUGUUUCUGGCAAAACUUUUAUUCCCCAACUGUUUCACAGAUUGAUUUUUUUAAAGGGAUUUAGAAAUAUUAUCCUGACAAAACCUUUUCUUCUUUAGUCACAAACACAGAAGAUAAUUUAUUUUUAAAUCAGACUUAAAAAACUGAUCACCAGAAUAUUUGUUUUAGGGCUUACAUACUUUUCAGUCGUGCAUUAUAUUGUAUUAACUUCACCUAUAUUCCACCUCCCGUGCGAGCCAGCUGAUCCCUGAAUGGCUCUUAUUGCUGAACCUAAAUGAACGGAGCUGCUCGUUGCUCAUUCAGCGCUCACUGGAUCCUUGUGACACCUACAUGUAGCUUCUGGCACUCAACACUAGUAGUUUCCCUGUAAUCACUGUCAGCAGCUGGUGUAAUGUGUGUGCGUGUGUGUGGGAGGGGGGGGGGAAACUGCACAAUACUUGAUAUUCGUUUGCUGCAUUUUGUACAUUUUGGAGAAGUAUGUUUUGUACAUCACGUACAAGUUAUGUUUACUACAAAGCAGGCACUAUUUUGAGGUUUAUUCUGUUACAGGUGAGAUGUCAUGAGUCUUUAUUUCAUUGUGUUAUAUUGUAUGUUUAUUUAUUUUGAAGAGAUAUAAUAAAAUGCAACUAGGUAUGAAGUGUG